AUGGUGGAAUUGCAAUUGGAGAAUCUUUCCCCUUCCUUCUCCGCAAUCCUGGAAAGGCGUGAGCCUACUUCACAGCGCGUUUAUGUCUUGCCCACAGUGAUGAGAAAGGCCUGUCUUGUACAAGCUGCGCUCCGGCUUUGGCACUCAAUCAGGGGGGGAGCUGGGGUGAAAGCAGGGCGCUUGCGCAAAGGGUGGUUGCAUGACCGCUAUCUCACAAGGCUGCCUCAGGAUGCAGAGCAUUAA